AUGGAGUACGAAGGGGACGAGGUCGACCACGAACGCGUCCUGCUCUUCCCGCUGGGUGGCGGGGUCUGGUGGAUCAGGACUCCCGAUGGCGACGAGUACCUUCAGGAUGUGACCUGUCAGGACGCUAGCAACGGCCCAGUGCGCGGCAGUCUGCUGCCGGCGGACGGCUCGCUUCCGCCCGCGCGCCGCGGGCGCCGUCGUCGGCGGCUGUACCGCUUCGCUGACAGGCUCGGGCUGGGGGAGCUGCGCGAGGGCAUCCUGCGCGGGCUGCGAGCCUGCGAAGCCGAGUGCCGCGUGGGCCAGCGCCCCGUCGUGCCUGAGCUCGUGCAGGCUCUUGGCGGCGAGGUUUUGCCGAUCGCUCGGCUCUUUGGCGGCAGCUUCCCGCCGCUGGCCCCAGGCCGGCGCGUGCGUGGCAAGCGGCCGCUGAGCCUCCCGACGCGAUCGGAGGCACCGACACCCCCUCUGGCCGCGGAGGGGGAGAGGGCGCUCGUCGCGCGGCCGCUGCCGCCGCGUGCCGGUCACGCCUGGGUGCUAGCGGAGCCGACCCCCUCCAUGACGAUCGGCAGCGGGGUGGACAUUCACAGAGUUCCCUGCGUCGAGGCGACUAGCGAGGACGGGUUGGUUUUUCUGGACGAGGGAUACGUUCGGGUGGUGCAAAUGCGAGUUGAGGACAUGACUGCCUAUGCUGAGACGCGGGCCGCCGGUCUACGCCAGCUGCUGGGCGCAGCUCAUGCUGGCUCGGGGGCUGAUCUCCGUGACCGCCUCGGCCGGCCGCCUUUGCCAGGCUCGGAGGAGCCCCCCUCGGCCGCCGAGGCGGUCGUGCCGAUCAGGGGCGAGGAUGUCAGGCUGCUGGCUUUGGAUUUCGACGGGCAGGGUGAGCGUUUCAAGCCCUGGCGUGAGGCGGUCCACGAAAGCACCCAGGAGGAGUUCAGCGACCAAACCUUGGACGCGCCACCCGGCGCCCUCACGACGUGCAAGAGCAUGGUGAGGGUGGGAGGCGACCCGCGGCUGUGGUUCAGGGAGUACCUUCGGGAAAAAUGCUUCGCCAUCACGGAUAGAGUGGCCCGCGAGUUGCGCUGCAUCCGCGAGGUUUUGUACAUGGCCGGCUGCUACGGCCAGGUGAAUUUGGGGGGGCUGAUGGUGCUGGAGGUGCUCUGCAAGCGGCUGGCUGGCAUCGUUGUCACUCACUCCAACCCGCAGCGUGCGCAGUGGGAGUUGGCGAAGUACUACAAAGAAGCGCAGUCGGCCGAGGACGUCGUCGGACCCCUGGGGGGCUAUCGAGAGAGCACGCUGGCGCCUUCGGUCGGCGCGUGCGAGACCGUCCCCCACCUGGAGUCUCAUCGUCUGUUCCGCCGUCUAGCGGAGAUCGGCAUCGCAUCUUGGACGUCCACCCCGAAGUGCCAGGUGGGCCUCUUCACGGUGGAGAAUGACGGCGGCGCCGCCCAGCGCCUCAUCGUCGACGCCAGGCGGGCCAACGAGUGCUUCAAGGCUCCGCCAGGCGUGUCUCUGCCGAGUUCGUUGGGGCUUUCCCGCGUGGAGGUGGCGCUGCCCGCCGACGCGCCGCUGGGUUCCGAGCGGGCUGUCGAGCUGCUGAGCGACUUCUACCUGUCGGUCGGUCUCUCCGACGUCUCGAACUGCUUCCAUCGGCUGUGCGUGCCUGCGUGGCUGUCUGACUACUUCUGCCUCCCUCUGGCGCCGGCUCACGUGAUGGGGGCGAUGGAGCAGCAGCUCGUGCGCGAGGACCUGGAGCGCGCAGUGGACGAGGCGCAGGAGAAGCUGCACGCCCUCCUGCACGCCGCGGCGGCGGCGCGGGCCCCCGCGCCGCAGGCGCAGGAGCGGGGCGUGGCGACGAGGCGGGGCCGGCGGAGGCCGUCGCGCGAAGCGCGCGAUCUCCGACACCGCGCCCAGCGCUGCCGGGGACGCCGAGCUGGAGACGGGCCCCCGCGCCCCCGCAGGGUCCGCCUGCGGAUCCCGCGGCGGCUGCCUUCGGAGCCGCCGCCGAGGCAGAUCGGCUUCCUCGGCAACCGCCGGGCGAUCACCGUGGAGGGGCGCCGGGCGGGCUCCGCCGCCGCGGGGCAUCGACUGAACGGCUUGGUGAAAAGGUAG